UAAUUUGCUACUACAUAUCAUUAGCACGAUACUUUGACAUUUUUAUAGCAUCUCUUUGGUUUCUUUUGACUAGCUGAAUAGUGAUUUUACGAUAUUGCAUUACGAAAUACACAUGCGGACCUCAAAAUAAUUAUGUGUGUUGCAACUUGCAAGAUGGCAGAACGCAUUGAUAGGGCAGAAAUCCAGCAUGCAGUAAAAGUUCAAGGAGAGUUUGUUCGUAAAUUAAAAACAGAAAGCGCGGAUAAGGAUAAGUGUUUUCUCUACUUUCCAUGAUCGCUGGAAUCGUCGUUCAUCUACCGCUUCAAUCGCAAACCGCAUUCGUUCAAACUCGUUUCCCCUGCCGCGUCGCAAACAAUACGAUCAAACUUUCGGCAUAUCGUGAUUGUUUGGAUAACAAAAAUCGCUCGGUGAUGACGAUGCGACGCAUCACGUCGGCACGGCAACUGAUGCGCGCGUGCUCUAUCCACAAACAAUGUCGUUACUAUGCGACGAACUCGGGCGAGCAGAUAUCACAGGAAGUAGCGAAAUUGCUUGAACUAAAAGCACAGUUGGGAGAUGGACCUCCACAGAAGUUUACGCUCAAGUGCCCCAAGGGUACGCGAGACUUUGAUUCUCAGCAGAUGGCAAUCAGAGAUGCCGUUUUUAAGAAGAUUGUAGAGUGUUUUAAACGUCACGGUGCUGAAACAAUCGACACGCCCGUGUUUGAACUGAAGGAAGUUUUGACAGGCAAGUAUGGAGAGGAUUCAAAGCUCAUCUAUGACAUGGCAGACCAGGGAGGAGAAAUUCUAUCUCUCAGAUACGACCUGACUGUUCCGUUUGCGCGUUAUCUCGCGAUGAACAAGAUAUCGAACAUUAAACGGUAUCACAUUGCUAAGGUAUACCGGAGAGACAAUCCAUCUCUGGCGCGGGGACGCUUUAGAGAAUUCUUCCAGUGUGAUUUUGACAUCGCCGGGCAGUACGAUCCCAUGCUGCCGGACGCUGAGUGUGUCAAGAUCGUUAGCGAGAUCCUAUCAUCGUUAGACCUCGGAGAUUACACGAUAAAGCUAAACCACAGGCAGCUACUAGACGGCAUAUUCCAGGUGUGCGGCGUGUCCGAGGGAAAGUUUCGCUGCAUCUGCUCCGCCGUGGACAAGCUGGACAAGUCGCCGUGGGUGGACGUGCGGACGGAGAUGAUCGAUGAGAAGGGACUCGACGCUGAGGUCGCCGAUCGCAUCGGAGAGUUUGUUCGGCUGUCAGGUGGCCCUGAACUGGUGGAGAAGCUAAAACGGGACGAGCGUGUUUCGAAGAACAAGCGAUUCAUGUCUGGUUUGGAGGACAUGGAGCUCCUGCUAAAAUACUGUGAUCUGUAUGGUGUGCUGGAUAAGGUGUCGUUCGAUCUUAGUCUGGCACGUGGUCUAGAUUAUUAUACCGGAGUCAUAUACGAAGCUAUUCUCAGUGGAGCUGUCCAGAAGGACUUGUCGUCCACGGAUGAACCGGGCGGCGUUGGCAGCAUAGCUGGAGGCGGCCGAUACGAUGAGCUAGUCGGCAUGUUCGACUCUAAAAAUAGGAAGGUUCCCUGUGUCGGAGUGAGCAUAGGCAUCGAGAGAAUAUACGCAAUCAUAGAGGCAAAGGUCAAUGCGUCCAAGGUCAAGCAGAGGACGACCGAGACGGAGGUGUAUGUGGCUGCUGCACAGAAGAACCUGCACGAGGAAAGGCUGGCGCUGUGCAAUAUCUUAUGGGGUGCCAACAUCAAGACGGAGCACUCGUACAAGAGAAGCCCCAAGCUUCUCGCUCAGCUUCAGUACUGCGAGGAGAGGCAGAUUCCCCUCGCCAUCCUCAUCGGAGAGUCAGAGCUGAAGCAGAACAUCGUGAAAGUACGCAACGUCGUCACGAGGGAGGAGGUGGAAGUGCCGAGAGAGAAGAUGGUCGAUGAAAUACGGAGAUUACUAGGCGAAAUUCAGGACAAGCCUUCAGGCAAGGUCAUCUGAUCAUUCCUCAAGGUCAUCAUCAGGGAGACGGAUGGUGCAGCAGGAGCAAUAGGGGAGAGCAGACUCUUUAGCACACUCGAAUUUGAACGCAGAUUUUUGUCGACGCAUUUUCCUGUGGAACCGUUCAAGUCGAGGGCACUUUUGAGUGUUUUUGUUGGAGACCUGUGCAGGCUUUAGCUGCUUGCGUUGUGCGAUGGUGGCGUGAGAUGUUUUUAGAGAGAGCGGUCACUGCUUAAUUUUUGCACGCACGCUCGUCGAAGGAUGUAUAUAAAUACUGCAGCGUUGGUUCCGUAUGCGGCUAAAUUGUUACGGCGAUGACUGUUCGCACUUCUGUGGUUCUAAACAGAGGGGCUGUCAUCAUAUGGAAUAGGUUCUUGUGAGCGCUAAAGCACUGGUUCAGCAUCAUACUUUUUUCUGCAUGGUUGUUGGCAUCGUAUAUCCUGUGAAAUGGUAUACCUUCUAGAAAACACUUGCCUAAUAGAGCGACAGGGAGCCAAUAACGUCAUGUGUCAAUAAUAGCUGCGUCGUCUGACCUUUAUGCUCUGUCUAUAGCCUCCAGUGUGGCUGAAGGGGUCGUUGUCUUAUCAGGUACUACAUAUAUGUACCCGAGGUACAUAUAUGUAUACACAAAGUGUACCAGACUUGUACUACAGAAGUGUACCCUAACCCUAACCGGUAAGGGAGAAAUCACCAUGGAACUCACAGCGAUGGUAUAUCGCUUGCUAUCGGAGUCUUGGAAAUUUUGGUCAUUCGGGUUUCAUUUCGUCAUGUGGAAAUUAAUUUAAUUUUGAGAUAAAUCCAAAACAUUUACCGUAGCAACUGUUUCGACAGCCGAAUAGCCUAAUUUUGUUACAUGGUUUCUUUAAAAAAAAAUUUGUACCUUAUCAUAUGUACAGCCCGUUUACUAUAUAACCAGUGGCAAGGCUAAGCAAAGCAUUUUAGAGCAGAGAGGAAGGUGUGCGAUAUGUUAACAUGGGCCUACAUUCUGGUGAAAUAUUGUUGAUAUAAUUCCAAUAUGUCGACAUUUCUCGUUCGGAAAUCAUGAGAAAUAAAUUCGUUUGCACGAAAUAUUGCUUUUUUUGUAAGUUGUUUAUCGGCUGAAUUAUAUCACUUUGUUGGUUAAUGUGUUCGUAUUUAUUUGCAGUUUUUGUAAAAUGGUGUAAUCGGAUGAAUAAACUGAAAGAUAACCAUUUA